CAAAACUGAAAUAUGAUUUGCACAAAAAUUUUAAUAAUUUUAUUUUUAACUCCCUUUGCGUUGGGACUGACCGGCAAAGAGUUGCUGGACUUUGCGGUCAAGCAGUACACAAAAGUGACGCAUACUAUCAAAACAGGGGAACAGUACCCAUCGAUGGGCGAACCCAACUCGACCACAUGGAAAACCCUUCACGCGAUUACCACCGACUUUAGGGUGGGUUUCUAUCCGGGAAUUCUGUGGCAUUUAUACAACUAUACGAGUGAUGAACACUGGAAACAGUUGGCCAUCACCGCCACCGACGCCAUGACUGAUGAUCAGUACGACACUAAGACUCAUGACAUUGGGUUUGGCAUAAUGUCCUCAUUUGGAAAUGGAUACAAAUUCACAAAUAACCCCACAUAUGCUCAAGUUAUUGUUACCUCGGCAAAUAGUUUGGCCACAAGGUAUAACCCUAUAGUCGGGUGCACCCGCUCGUGGAAUAGUAAGGAUGGGUUUGUGGUGAUAGCCGACAAUAUGAUGAAUUUGGAGCUACUGUUCGAGGGCUGGCGUAUAUCGGGCAACAAAACCCUAUACGAUAUGGCAGUUUCGCAUACAAACCGCACUAUAAUAGAGCACUUGAGGAAAGACUACUCUUACUAUCAAGUGAUCAAAUACAACGAGACCACC